CCUCACUUCUCUCACUUUCCCAUUCGCAUUUCCGCUGUUGAGUGUUGAAUGUUGAGGUCUCUAGGGACGCCGUAGAAGCUCACUAUGGCAUGUAGUUUUGUACAGUAGAUACUUCGGCUCCCAUCUUCACUUUUGGCUAGGACCGUGACAUCCUGUAGAGCGGCAAUAUGAUAUCCUUCACCGUAAUCAACCCGGAUGUCGUAGUUGAGAGAGAUAUCCCAAAAGAAGUGAAGAUCGAGCGAGCUCUCGACGUCUACAACAGGGCUCUUCUUCUGCUCCAGAACAAACGCAGAGCCGAAGCUCAAGCAGCGCUCGAGGAUAUCCUUGCCAGAGACGUCUUGCGGGAGAGAUUGCCAGCUGCCUCGAAAGGGGCCCAUAGCUCACGAUUACAUGCGCUUCAAUAUGUGGUCCACCUCAAUUAUGGAGGCCUGUUGGAACUUCAAGGAGAGUGGGCCGCUGCUCAUCAGCACUACCAGAAGGCCACCUUGGUAGAUGCGUCGGACGCUGCCCUCUGGUGUAAGCUGGGAAGAACAGCUAUGAGACUUCGCCGCUGGGAUGCCGCAUGUGCGGCAUAUUACGACGGACUCCAACGCACCGAAAUCAGGGCAUUGAAAACACAAUGUUACGAGGGCGUUGUCGACGCGCUAUAUGAAAUGGGAGAGCUCGCAACAUGCUUGGACUACAUCAAGAAAGCUUUGAAGAACGAUCCUGCUUGGGAGAGGGGCAAUGUGCUGAAACGUCACAUUGUGGCGGACUAUGCGAAAGGGUUCUCACUGAUCAGUCUCCAGGCAGAUGAAGUGAGUAUGGAGGACAUAGUGGAAUACCAAACGGGAGUUCCACAACAAGCCGAUAGCAUGCUGCAAUCCAGGAACCCUGUGCCGUCGGGCAGUGCCAAUUAUUCACAGGCUCCUCGUACCCUACAUGUGAAGGAUCUCACCUGGGAAUCCCUCGGGAACGAGCUCAUAGACGUCUACGGUGGCUUGAUUGGCUCAUCAGAUAGAACCCCAAACAGUCAAGAUGGAUGGCAGCUCCGGCAAUUGCGCUUCGAAUACGAUUAUAUGGUGAAGGGGCCGUCAACUGAAAUACCAAACUCGCAGAAUGGCACUCACCCGGCAAAUGGUGUAGACGAAGGAGCUGAUGCUGUAAUGGAGUACGCCGAACCAGACGUAGCUGACGACGGGAUGGGUGACCCCAUCCAACCCGACAACGAGAAGAAACGUCAGUUACCCGAGGCCGAUGAUUCCAGGCGUGUCUCAAAGCGGGUUCGGCACCGGUUAGAGCAAGAACAGCAACAGAAGACUACGGUUGACGUCGACUUGGAAGCACUCAUCGAUCGAUGCCUCCCGAAUGGAUGCUCGGUGAGGUGCUGCAUGCCCUCCGUAGCACUUGGAAAAGCCCAAAUGUUCUUGGAUAUGGAAGUCUAUCUGUCAGAGUUCUGCGCAAGGAUGUUGGCUGCCCCCGUACCGAACGAUGUCAACCGCAGAUCGAAAGGGAAACGAGACCUACCACGGAGCCUGCCGAUGCGCGGCCCCCACAGCCACUCUUCUGAUGAGCAGACACGUCAAGAUGUGGCGAACUUUAUUGAAAUGUCGACUUCGAAGAACUCCGGUAUUCUAGAUGUCAUUGCCCGAUUUGUUCUGCACUUGCUUUCGGAACUUUGCGACGGCGACGCCCUCGAGAAAGAUCCUCAGCCUUUGCGGUCACCUGCCUUGCAAAGCAUCAUCGGUGUUAUGCUGGUCAUACUCCAAAAGCAUGAUGCUUGGAACACUUUCCUUAGGUCUGAAGAUGCACCAGUUUUUGGUCUAACCGAAACCGCUGACAAGGUCGCACCAAAUCUUGGCUCAACCAAAGCUCCUGACUGGGAGAUCGAGGACCGACGGCGUAGGGUUUUCGAAAUCAUCCUGCUUAGCUGCGAAAUACUAUGCUCUCAGUGGCUGGACGGUAGUACCACAUCAGUCGAGCGAUUCGCAGACAAUGAAGAAGACCUUCUGCCCAUGGACGGAGAUGACUCAGUUUCGAACCCAAUUCACGGCAUUUCUGUGCCGCUCGCACUGCGAAAGAUUUUGGACUCAUUGCAUGAGAUUUUGGAAAGUGGCGGUGAGAGCAUUGGACUGGCUGCAAACCUCCGUUACCUCUGGGUGCACGGCCGGAUCAACGAAGGUUCCGGAGACCACUCUCAGGCCUUCAAAAGCUAUGCCGACUGCCGCGAGAAGCUGCUCCACGCCCACCCGCGCGUGGAUGCCCCAGUCCGGAAGGUCGUCAUCCCGCAUUGUCCUCUAGACGGUGUUAUAUCUCUGGAUACCCUAAGUCGGAAGUCGUUCGCAUGGGAUGUGCAUCGGCACAUCGUGGACGUUCGAAAGCACUUCGCAGAAGGCGACUAUACCAGGUCUGCAAUGCUGCUAAGCAGGGUCUUCCUUCAGAGUCUCUCAGGCGAAGGACUGGAAGGUGACUUCGAAAUCGAUGAGCGUGAACUACGAAUCAUGUCCAAGGCCCGGGAAGUUGUGAUUCGAGAUUACACUUUCAAGCAGCGGCUCGAAUUGCUGAAGAUCUUUCGCGAAUCAUGCGAUAAGCUUGGACUAGCGCAACACUCAUUCGUUGGGGCGGUUCAGAUGCUUCUCGAGGGUCUGUAUCAUCCCCCUGGAGAGGAUGACGAUUUCGAAAACUGCCUCGAAAUGCUGGCUAGAUCGUUACAUCACUGCAUCACCUUUAUGCAAAGCUCUUCGGCAGACACCAAUGAUUGGACUCGGCUCUUGCGAGGAUACCCGCCGCAUGGUCUACGCCCGAGUGGCACACUCUACGACCAAUUCGUGUCCGCCAUCUUCGUCGCCAUGCGGAUGACGUGCGCAUAUCUGAAACACUAUCAGGAUAUCCCAAGUCAGACUCGACGCAUCACUAUCACCAGACGCAUCGCUGCACUGAAGCUCUUUUCCCUACGAAGCUGGGUCGCGGCGUACUACGUCUCAUUCUCAUUGCAGCGGGAUGAGAGCCGAAAAAGCACUACAAGGCACAACUCGCCGGUUCCGAAUGGCCGCCACACGGUCAACGGGUCAGAAAACACAGAAGUGUCUGCUGUAUCGGAAACCGCACAUGAAGAGAAUAGAGGUACCGAGUUCAACGGAGACCUGUUGAGUGUCGCACAUACCGAAUUGGGAAGACGAUCAAUGUGUGGUGCAGAUGAUGGUCUGCUCUUGCAAACCAUUCUUCGGAACCGGGCGACAACAAACGACGAAGCAUUACGUGCGGAAUUGCAGCAAUGUUACUACUGCCUCUAUGGUAUCAAGUUCGACCAUGGGGCAAUUCUCACAGAACACUCGGCAGCGCCGCGUCCGUUCGAUGAGGCCGCUGCUUCCAACGUCUUUGAUGCGAUUGCAGAUACCAUGCUCCAGAAACUCAACGUGCGAAACAGCCGCGGGAUCACAGGCGACUUGAAGGAAUGCUUAGACAAGGUCGCGAAAGUCUUCCCCUCCCCGCCGUGGAAAAACGCCCGCGUUUUCCUCAAUCGCGAAUAUAUCGAUCGCCUCCUCGAGGAGCCGAUCGAUAUCGCCCAGUUCGCACCAGGAAGGAUUCGAAGUGAUACGAUCCCGGCUUUCACAUCUGAAGAGCGCUCUAAAGUAUCUCACGUACACUUCAACAUCUUCUUCCUGCAAGCGAAGUUGGCCCUAACACAAUAUCGUUCUCGGGCGCAAAGUUAUACCGACACUCAUCGCUCAAUUUCCAUUCUCAAAGACACUGUCGCCCCACACUUCCUGUUCGAUCUGUACAUGAACCCGCAUCGGUUUGAGAGCUGGUUGCUUCUCGGUAUUUGCUACUCUGCAUUGAUCAACGAGCACCUUGCGGGAAGCGCUGCAUUGAUUGUAGAUGCCUCGGACGGGAUUCUGGAAUGGCAAAGAAGAGCCUUCCAUUGCUUUGUUCAGGCAUACCGUCUAGUCGAUGAGGCACCGAACAACCAUACCGUUGUCACAUUGUGGAGCGACCUGGGAUUUCUCUGCUAUGGCAUUGCUUCCAAGCCAAUGCAUGGAGUGGCAGCGUACUCAAAGGCUCAAAAGAUUCGGGAACUUUGGUUUCGACGGUGCGCAGGAAGCGAGCGAGCGGAAGAGCCACAGCAAGAACCCAAUGGAACAGGCCCCGUCGAUGAAGCCGAAGAAGCGGAUAUUCUCGAGGGCACUGUGGCGGCAAUGACUGGUCUGGCGGCAUACUGCUUCCGCAAAGUUCAGCGCAUGGACACCACCGACUGGAAGUUCCCUUUCAUGUUGGCAACUCUGUACGCAAAACAGCGGAGACCGCCAAAAGACGUCAUCGGCUUGUAUCUGAGAUCCAUGAGGCUCGUUCCAAGGGACUGGACAACGAAAGACCAGGAGAACAUCUUGGAUCCGGUGGUGAAGCUGUUGGGAUACCUUUGCAAGACCCUCUUUGCGCGGCGCAUUGAGCCACAGGCGGCUCUGGCGGCCAUUUCAAAGAUCUGGGCCGACGUAUACCCUCGCUUCCCACAGCUCCAACGGACGAUACCAUCUGACGAACGAUAUGUGAAUGGAGACGAUGAAGCAGGGGCUGCCCGUUUAAUGGCAAUUGACAGAAUUUACGAAGCAUUGGAUCGACUGAGGCCGUUGAAUGCCUAUCAACACAAGCCAGUCUUCCGGAUGGCAUGGAUACAGUACCGUGUACACAGAAACCCUGCCAGAGCGAAAGACAUCUUGAGUAACCUGUUUCGCCUGGACGAUAAGCAGCGGAAAUUCGUACAUUUUUGGAAGCCGGAAUUCGAGAGACCGGGAAAGCAUUUCAUGUCGAUUCACAAGUACACACUCUUCAUGAUAAAGCUCUGUGUGGAACUCAAUGAUAUUGACGGACUCCGGAGCCUCUGUAAAAAGUUCACAAAGGUGGAAGAGGUUCUGCUGUGGCCAGAUAAGCUCUGGCAAGUGGCGUUCGAGGGCGGUUUGAGGGUGAUACGUCAAACCUUUAGUAUCAACGGGAAUGCAUCCUCUCUUUUGCCCGAAACACUGUCUAAAGAAGCGUUCGACCGGCGGGCCCCGGAAGUAGAGCGUUUGAUCCUCACUGCCGAGAACAGACCCGCAGGCUUACAGCAGUUGCUUUGGGGCGUGGAACUUGAAGACCUCAACAAAGGAAAAAUGGACACGAAGGAGCUUCGUGUUCUCAUGGCUUCGAUCUACAGCAGCAUCUUUCUGGACGCCGCCCACUCGAUUCCAGAGGCAACUACACAGCCCGGUCCAGACACGCUGGCUGCAGACUCGUCGACAAAUGGUCUGGACGUCCCGAUGGAUGAUGCGACUGCACCUCCCCAGGCGUCCGUCCCAGUCCGACUCGAAGACAUCCUGAUGCGAUGCCGCAAACUCCCCACCAUGUAAUAUACCGAUGAUACUUCGCUUUUCACAGAGAGUAUCGAAUCUCGGAACGUCCAAGCAUUUUUCCCCGUCGAGUUUGACCGUUGCAAGAAAAUCAUCGUAGUUUGUAGACAGGCGAGGAUCUUCAUCCAAUGUAGCGUUUGAAUAGAAUCUCCACCUUGUACUGUACACGUAAGGCGUAUCUUUUGGAGCCG